AUGAGACACCCCAACACGCCAGGAAUUAGUCGGGCUCAUGCCCCAGACUUGAGGAUUAAGAUCCCGAAGGUGGGAUACGGAGGCCAAGAUGGGGGUAGUAUAAUAUCUUCGACUCUGGCUUCGUCCUGGUCUGUCAACUCUUCGAGUGCAUCUUUGAAUAGAUUCUCUGAAAGUACUCUCACUAUCACGGAAUUCCACACUGAUAAUUCCAAGCCGAGGAAGGUUGAUUCUUGCGUUCCAAUGCUCACUCUCAACAAGGUAAUUCUGUGGCAGAAGAAGUCCUUCUCGGACACCAUCUCCGGGAUAAAGUCUAGCUUCAAGGCUAGGUUCCUGGGAGGAGCAAAGAAGGACGGUCGUGAUGAGGAGGGUCUGCAGAAGAUCUGCUACUCUCUUGUCAACCUACCCGACAAGGAGAUAUCUACCAACAUGGGCCAUACAGUCUUCAAAAGGCAGUCUCUCACGCUGCUUGUAAAGGCUCUGAGGAAUAAGCAGUUCGAAUUGAUACUCCCCUCUAUUCCAAUGACGUCUAGGGGUCUGGAAUCCGUCCUGGCCGGCGAUGCCGAGGAGCAAGGCCAUGGGGGAAGCUUCGAGAGGUUCAUCUCCAUGCUUCCCGAGAGCUGCAGAGACAUCUCCGAGAAAGCCAGCCCCCUCGGCCUCGUCCCCAAACUACUACCCUACGGAGAAAUAUCCGCCAACGCCCGCUACAUAGCAAGUUGUUUCUGGACGUGGUUGUGUAUCAUAGACGACUUGACAGAAACCCUAACAGGCGAAGCCUGGGACAAGGCCGAAUCCGACCUUCUCAGAAUCUUCUCGGAAGACUUCCAAGAUCUCCCAUCCUCUCCAUCCUCCACCACUACAACUACUGCAACCACCGCCUGCUCCCCGCCGGCGCCCAUCAGCGACAUAGUGAAAGUCUCCACAGCGCUGAGAACAGUUAUAGACGAAACAUCCCUCCACGAAUUCCCCACCAUCAUCAACGGUAGCAGCAGCAGCAGCAGCGCCAGCAAUCACAUGAACGACGACCACCUCUGGCGCCCCAUAUUUCGCGAAGCCGUGCGCGAAGUGAUCAUGGGAUUCCGCGCCGAGCGUCCCCUCCUGGGGAAGAAUAGCGCUAGCAAGAUCGACCUAACAGAGUGGAUGCGUGUCAGGAUAAUCACAAUCUCAGUUCGCCCAUUCAUGAUAAUAACCCGCGCAAGCCUGGGCCUUGACCCUACGCUCUCACCUUUCGGCAAUCCCCUAGCAGCAGACUACCAAGACCUCCUGCUCACUUCGAAAAAGUCCAACAGGAACAACCUGGCGAAAGUGGAGUGCCUGCUGCAAUUGAUCAUGGGAUUACAGAACGACAUAAUAGGCUGGGAAAAGGAUCACAAGACAAAGACGCCGCUCAACACCGUCGAGAUCCUGAUCAAGGACGGGAAGAAACCGACGAGGGCCCUGGCCCAGGUGAUAGCGAUCCACAACAAACUAGUCGAGCACCUCGCCAAGUACGGCGACCGGGCCUGGUCCGAUACCUUCGACCUACCGCCCCUGACGCCGCUACCCGGACAGUUCAUGAAUCACAAUCACCACCACCACCACCACCACCACGGCGAUGUCAUUGGCGGGAAUCAGGUUUUCACGGUGCAACUGCCGCCCGUGUCCAGCGGGGGCAGCAGCAGUAGUAGCGUUGGAGGGGGGAGUCUGAGGGUGCUUGCGAAUCACUUCUCCACCACAAGCGUUAGCAGUUGGAGCGUUGCCUCGUCCCUGAGAGCUGGAGGUGACGGGGUGGGGGAUAACAGGGACUCUCUCCUAUCCACCAGGAGGCCGGGAACAGGUUGCUCCGCCACGGCCGGCACGAGCAGUGAGAACUUGAGAAAGUAUCUUGAGUUGGCUGUUGGUUUCUCGACCGGGAUGGCUAGUUGGAUGGUGGAUAGUAGGAGGUACGUUGUUUGAUGGGGACAAUGGUUGGAUGUUUCUUCUUCUUUUUCCUUUUUCCCUCUCUCUUGUUUCUUCCUCUUCCUCUUCUUCCUUUGAUCGACAAAUCUUAGUUUAUACCUAUUCCUUUUCUUUGUAUCCAAGUUUAUUUUAUUUUAUUUUUUCUUCAGUACUUACUUCAUUUUCAAAGAGUUUGUUUAUUUUUUCUUCUCCACUUUUUUUUUUUUUUUUUUUUAAUUUUUACUUGUACUCUACAGCUUUCUUUUCUUUUUUUUCUCUUCUUAUUAUCGGUUAUAUAUCGGUUGUCGGUGUUGGUAUCGGUCGGACCAGGUCAGGUCAGGAUGGAUCGACGAAUGAAUCGGGAAUUAGAAAGAAGGGGAAGAAGGUUGGAAUUCACCACUAGUAUUUUUUCGGUUUAGUUUUUUUUUCAGUUUGCUUUUUUGUAACUUGUAAAACUUCACCUACUGUAUGUACAGUAUAUAUACGAAUUUAACCACCAGUAAUGGAAGGAAGGAAUUUUUUUUUUAACAUCCAUAACAAAACAAAACAAAAAA